CCUUUGCACGCUCCUUGGCAGCCCUCUGUACAGGGAGGAAGGGAGACCCUCCAGGGAGGGUCUAGGCUAUGGGUGCCCUAGGGAUCCCGCCCGGCAAGUCCCAACCCAGGCCUGAGGGAAGGACGGAGGGAGAGCACGCGACACUCAAACCACCCCUACCCCAGCACCGGAAAAAACCUACAACCCAAACCCCAAAGGCAGGAGAAAGCCAAAUGGCUUCUUGGGGGAAGCAUUUCACAAGUGGGGACUCUUGGUCCGUCCAUCGCCUUGAAUUCGAGCGGACCCGCUGAGUCACCCCUGAAGCCUCUGGUGUUGAAACUGGUCCGGUGCCUCGUGCUGAUUAAUGAAUUACAAAUCCCCCACCCAUGAGCACUCUCCUGGCGGCUGGGAAGAGGAAUGAAGAACCCUGUGAACUUGAGGGAGAAACCCUCAGCCAAGUGCCCUCUUCUCUCCUCCACGCUGGGCAGUGGGCCUGCGUUGCCCUCUGCCUGCCACCCGCGGGGCACUGUGAGACGGGGACUCGUGGGGGAUGCUCGCGUGCCUGUGCGCCGUGCUCUGGCACCUCCCUGCGGUGCCAGCCCACAACCGCACAGGGGACCCGGGGCCUGGCCCCUCCAUCCAGAAAACCUAUGACCUCACCCGCUACCUGGAGCACCAGCUCCGCAGCUUGGCUGGGACCUAUUUGAACUACCUGGGCCCCCCUUUCAACGAGCCUGACUUCAACCCACCUCGGCUGGGGGCGGAGACUCUGCCCAGGGCCACUGUCAACCUGGAGGUGUGGAGAAGCCUCAACGACAGACUGCGGCUGACCCAGAACUACGAGGCCUACAGCCACCUCCUGUGCUACCUGCGUGGCCUCAACCGCCAGGCCGCCACGGCCGAGCUGCGCCGCAGCCUGGCCCACUUCUGCACCAGCCUCCAGGGCCUGCUGGGCAGCAUCGCGGGCGUCAUGGCAGCUCUGGGCUACCCGCUGCCCCAGCCUCUGCCCGGGACUGAGCCCACCUGGACCCCUGGCCCUGCCCACAGUGACUUCCUCCAGAAGAUGGAUGACUUCUGGCUGCUGAAGGAGCUGCAGACCUGGCUGUGGCGCUCGGCCAAGGACUUCAACCGGCUCAAGAAGAAGAUGCAGCCUCCGGCAGCCGCGGUCACCCUGCACCUGGAGGCCCAUGGCUUCUGAUCCCUGACCUUUACCACCGUCUCUUUCCCCUCCCCCUUCAAGCCCUGCUCCCACUCUGGGGGGGAGAAACGCGUACACCAACACUUGUUGAGCCAGGUGACAGAAGCCGUGAGCCUCUAGCCCUCCCUGGACUGGGAGGAGGGUGUGAUGCAGUAAGGCCCAUCCCCUCCCCGCUUCCCUAAGUCCUACGGCUCUGGGGAAGAGGUGCAAUAGGCCCCACCCCAUUUCCACAGGACGUGAUGCUCCAGGGAGCCCGCAAUGGUUCAAGGUGGUGCAAGGCUCUCACAGCUUCCUGCUCCCUGCCCACCACUUGCCAGUGCCCACCCAGCCCCUCAAGUGGCACUGCCAGCAAGCGGGCCUGUAGGGCAGGGAGGGGGCCACCAUCUCCUGUGCCUUUCUGGGGUGAAGCCCUUUGGCUGCCCUGCUCUCCUUAGAUGGGUGUUGCUCCCCUACCCCCAAAUAACUCAGUACAUCCGAUUCAGGACACAAACACAGUGGCAAUUCCAAACAGGAAGAGGUGGGAUCUGCAUUGGAGGUACUCCUGGAAGCAGAGGGGCAGGGACAGCCUGGACCCGGAGGUCCCCGAGGCAGCCGGUGGCACAGAGUGGCGACCAAAAGGGCAUUGCCGUGAAUGUGCUCGCCGGCCCCAGGGUGCCUCCUCUCCGCCCCCUUUCCCAGGGUAUCUGUGGGUUGCCCAGGCUGGGGAGGGCAGCCCUAGCCACAGCCACAGAACUUCCUGAAAGUUUACAUUGCAGUAGCAUUUCGGGGUGCGGGGGGGCAGCUCCCCCAGGCCCUGCCCCCCAGCCCCACCCACUCAUGACUCUUAAGUUUGUUGUAUUAAUAUUUAUUUAUUUGGAGAUGUUAUUUAUUAGAUGAUAUUUAUUGCAGAAUUUCUAUUCUUGUAUUAACAAAUAAAAUGCUUG